UUUCACAGUUUUAUCACCAAAAAAUACUACUAAAAUGGGCGGUCUUUUGACCAGUUGCCAAAGCGAGGAAGUUCGCGAGCAACUUAGUAAAAACAAGGCUAUAGAAAAACAAUUGACAAGUGAUAGACGUGCUGCUUCUUCUAUUAUCAAACUUUUAUUGUUGGGGGCAGGAGAGUGUGGAAAAUCGACUGUGCUCAAACAAAUGCAAAUUCUACACAGUAAUGGCUUUACAGAAGAAGAAAUUAAUGAGCGCAAAGCUGUCGUUUAUUCAAAUACAGUGACUUCAAUGGCUGCUAUUUUAAAGGCAAUGGACAAUGUUCUACACAUGCCAAUGGAUGAUGCUUCAAAAGAAAGAGAUAGAAAUUUAAUUUUUAGAGCUAUAGAGAAUGGAGAAGAAAAUCUUCCUUUUACCGACCCAAUUGCAAAGGCCUUACAAAAUUUAUGGGGAGAUAAAGCUGUUAAAAAGGCUUAUGAAAUGCGCAGUGAAUAUCAGCUCAACGAUUCUGCUAAAUAUUUUCUCGACUCAGUCUCUCGUAUCCACGAACCCGGCUAUAGACCUACAGAACAAGAUAUACUCUACUCCAGGGUUGCUACUACAGGCGUUGUGGAAGUCAAAUUUAUUAUUAAAGGCAAUAUGGAAUUUAGAGUUUUUGAUGUGGGUGGACAACGUUCAGAACGUAGAAAAUGGAUUCAUUGUUUUGACAAUGUUGAAGCGAUUAUUUUUAUUACUGCAAUAAGCGAAUAUGAUCAAGUACUUUUUGAAGACGAAACUACGAAUCGAAUGAUUGAAUCAAUGCAAUUAUUCUCCUCAAUUUGUAAUAGUUCGUGGUUUUUAAAUACUGCAAUGAUUCUGUUUUUGAACAAAAAGGAUCUUUUUCUUGAGAAAAUACAAAGAGUUAAUAUUACAACGUGUUUUCCGGAUUAUGAAGGCUCCCAAAACUACGAAGAAGCAGUUAAUUUUAUUAAAAUGAAAUUUGCAGAAUUAAAUCAACACCCAGACAAAAAAACUAUUUAUAUGCACGAAACAUGUGCAACAGACACCAAUCAAGUACAACUUGUAAUUAGUUCGGUAAUUGACACAAUAAUUCAGAAAAAUUUACAAAAGGCUGGAAUGAUGUAAAAUACUUGACAUUUUGUAUUUUUGACCAUUUUGUAAUUUUUUUAACAAAAUGACAUUCCAAAAAUUUUUUUUCGAUUUUUAAUUAUUUUUAUUGCAUUUUCUUCACUCAUUUUUUUGUAUUUUCAUUGAAUAUUUUAAUUUUAUAAAUAAAAUAUUUUUUUAGAACAUUUUUCUGACCUAGAAAAAUAAUUUUCCAGGCAUAGGAUUCGAACCAUGGACCCCCUGAACAUAAAAACCAAACACUUUCCCACUACAC